GGGCCGGAAGUGGCAGUGGAGGGAGGGAAGAUGGCGGAGGUGGGGGAGAUAAUCGAGGGCUGCCGCCUGCCCGUGCUUCGGCGGAACCAGGACAACGAAGAUGAGUGGCCCCUGGCCGAGAUCCUGAGCGUGAAGGACAUCAGUGGCCGCAAGCUUUUCUACGUCCAUUAUAUUGACUUCAACAAACGCCUGGAUGAAUGGGUGACCCACGAGCGGCUGGACCUAAAGAAGAUCCAGUUCCCCAAGAAAGAGGCCAAGACUCCCACCAAGAACGGACUUCCUGGGUCCCGGCCCGGCUCUCCAGAGAGAGAGGUGCCGGCCUCCGCCCAGGCCAGCGGGAAGACCUUGCCAAUCCCGGUCCAGAUCACACUCCGCUUCAACCUGCCCAAGGAGCGGGAGGCCAUUCCCGGUGGCGAGCCUGACCAGCCGCUCUCCUCCAGCUCCUGCCUGCAGCCCAACCACCGCUCAACGAAACGGAAGGUGGAGGUGGUUUCACCAGCAACUCCAGUGCCCAGCGAGACAGCCCCAGCCUCAGUUUUCCCUCAGAAUGGAUCCGCCCGUAGAGCAGUUGCAGCUCAGCCAGGGCGGAAGCGAAAAUCAAAUUGCUUGGGCACUGACGAGGACUCCCAGGACAGCUCAGAUGGGAUCCCGUCGGCUCCACGCAUGACUGGCAGCUUGGUGUCCGACCGGAGCCACGACGACAUCGUUACCCGGAUGAAGAACAUCGAGUGCAUCGAGCUGGGCCGGCACCGCCUGAAGCCGUGGUACUUCUCCCCGUACCCGCAGGAGCUGACCGCGCUGCCCGUCCUCUACCUCUGCGAGUUCUGCCUCAAGUACGGCCGGAGCCUGAAGUGUCUGCAGCGCCACCUGACCAAGUGUGACCUGCGACACCCUCCGGGCAACGAGAUUUACCGCAAGGGCACCAUCUCUUUCUUUGAGAUCGAUGGACGGAAGAACAAGAGUUAUUCCCAGAACCUGUGUCUCUUGGCCAAGUGCUUCCUCGACCAUAAGACGUUGUACUACGACACAGACCCCUUCCUGUUCUACGUCAUGACGGAGUACGACUGUAAGGGCUUCCACAUCGUGGGCUACUUCUCCAAGGAGAAGGAGUCCACGGAAGACUACAACGUCGCCUGCAUCCUGACCCUGCCUCCCUACCAGCGCCGGGGCUACGGCAAGCUGCUGAUCGAGUUCACGAGAUCAGUGAAAUCACCAGCAUCAAGAAGGAGGAUGUCAUCUCUACUCUACAGUACCUCAACCUCAUCAAUUACUACAAGGGCCAGUACAUCCUCACACUGUCGGAAGACAUCGUUGAUGGGCACGAACGAGCUAUGCUCAAGCGUCUCCUUCGGAUCGACUCCAAGUGUCUGCACUUCACUCCCAAGGACUGGAGCAAGAGGGGCAAGUGGUGACCAGGCACUGUCCACAGCAGUGGCGACGAGACAGAAGCGGGGCCGACAGCACGUCUCACCCCUCCCAGGGCCCCCAAGAGGCACACCAAGGGAGGUGGGGCUGAGGACAGCUCCAUAAGGAGAGGGCGGGCCUCGUAGGGCCUGGGCCGGCUGGGGCCCAGCACCAAGGCGAGCUCAGGGCUCAGGUCAAUUCCAACGUCAGCUGGCUGCAGGUCUAGGCCUGCUAUGAACGAGGGACCGGAGGGAGCCAGGCAGCUGUGUACAGUGACAUGGCGUGGGGGGAGGGGGACACACUCUGUACAGAGGACUAGCGGCUGUAAAAUUUUCUUUUGUAAAGUAGGAGUUGGGGGUGGGUGGGUACUGGCUGCAAAAUUCUGGCCUCUCUUGCCCUCACUGCCCUUGGCAAUAAAUUGUUUCUAUAGGCCACA